UGACCGGUGGGGGCGCUGCAGCCGCAGAGUCAAGGCCCAGACCGACGACGAAGAAGAAGAAGCAGCAGCGGAAGCGGAAGUGAGGCUCGUUUGUUUUGAAAGAGGGAAAUUUAAAUCUCGACGACGACAUUGAGAAACAAAAACACGCUGCUGAAUCUACUCUACAAACAACAACAACAACAACAACAACACACGACGAUGAGCUCGAGCUGACGUCAGCCGGCGGUGACGUAGGUCCACGGACAUUCUCCCGACAGACACCGCGUCACGGGUCUCCUCCUGACGCCAUCAUGAAGAAGAGGGUGAGGAGACCACCGGCACCCGACGACUGUUGUGUCCUGUGCAGACGUAGUGACGAUGAUCCUGCCAUGUUUGGAGAAAAGGUCACAGUUCAAGAGCAUAAACUCACUGUCCACUACUUCUGUUUGCUGACGUCCUGCGGGGUGUACCAGCGGGGGGAGGAGGGGGAGGGAGUGUUCGGGUUCCUGGUGGAUGACAUCAAACAGGAAACAAGACGUUCGGCUCGACUGACUUGUUGCAGCUGUAAGAAGAAGGGAGCGUGUGUGGGCUGUAACGUGAGGAGCUGCAGAAAGACGGUUCACUUCCCCUGCGCGAGGAAAGAGAAGUUCGUCUCUCAGUUCACUGGACUUUUCCCGUCGUUCUGUCCCUACCACAGUCCCACUCAGUCUCACUCUGUGAGCUCAGACCUCAGUCUGCCUCAGUCCUGCUCCGUCUGUCUUGACAUAAUCGAGCCAGUCCUGUCCCACUCCGUCCUCAAGUGUCCGUGCUGCCACGCCGGCUGGUUCCACCGGGAGUGUGUGCAGCGUCAGGCCCACAGCGCCGGCCUCUUCUUCUUCAGGUGCACUCUGUGCAGCAACAAGGAGAACUUCCAGGAGGAGAUGCUCCGCAUGGGGAUCUUCAUCCCGGAGAGAGAUGCAUCAUGGGAGUUGGAGGAAAACGCAUACUCAGAGCUGCUGGAGGUUUACGAACGCUGCGACGCUCUCGUCUGCCUCUGUAGCGAUGGACCCACACACUCUGCAAAGAGCGGGUGGUUCGAGGUGAUUCGCUGUCGACUGUGUGGAUCCAGGGGGACGCACAGGAAGUGUUCCGGGCUGAAGGUGAACACCAGAGACUGGGCCUGCAGCGACUGCACACGGGCCACCGACGGGAAAGCCUCCAUGGUCGCGUCUCCUCAGAGCGGCCCGAGGAAGAGCCUGCUGUCCAAACGACGCCCAUCCCCCAUCCGCUCCUCCGUCAGUUGUAAAAGACCUUCGUUACCUGUCACAGCCGGCUCAUCUGAGGACCUCCUGCAGGCUCUGGCCCCUCAGCUCCGCCCCCUCAGUGUCCAGGUGGAGGUGAGCGGGUACCAGGCUCUGCUCUCCGGUCUGGAUCUGGUCCGCAGGCCCGACUUCGACCCCGCGCUCUCUCUGUCCGUCAGGUUCCUCGACGAGGAGAAGACUACGUUUCCCAGCAGCUUGCGGGACGGUGGAACGGCCAGGCAGUAUUUCCUGAAGCUCCUGGUACAGCAGAUCCAGGACUCUGUGGUGUUCGAGGGUCCGGACGGAUCCAAAAACCUGGCUCUGGAUUCUCAGGCUCUACGUGAGGAUCUGUACUUUGACGUCGGCUGCCUGCUCGCCCUCUCUCUGGUUCACGGUGGUCCGUCCGUCGGCUUCUUCUCCUGCGCUCUCUACCAGUGUCUGUUCAACUACCCGGCGAACCGCCCGCUCGCCGUCGCACACAUGACCCCCGACACAUGCUUCACACGCCAAGUCAGCAGGAUUGCAGAGGCGGAGUCUUUGGACAGCCUGAGGGACGCCAUGGUGUCCAGCAGGGAGUUCCUGGAGGUGGCCGGCUGCGACCGGCCAAUCGGCAGCCUGGAGGAGAGAGGGGCACUGGUGGAGGAUCUGGUGGGUUUCACCCUGAUCACCAGGAUGCAGCUUCCACUGCAGAGGUUUCGUGAAGGUUUGCAGACGUUGGGCGUCUUCGAUCAGGUGCAGCUCUUCCCAGCAGAGUUCCGCAACGUCUUCUGCGAGGCGACCGCUCGUCUCUCGGCUCAGCUGCUCGCCGAGCUCUUCACCGUCAACUGGUCCGAGCAGACGGAGAAGCUGAACAAGGAGACACCCGUCGUCACCUUCUGGAGACACUUCCUGCUGGAGUGUGAAGUUGGGCGGAGCUCCAUUUCCCUCCAGGACGUCCUUCUCUUUGCCACGGGAGCCGAGGAGCUUCCGGUUUCUGGCCUCCUUCCUCCUCCCCUCAUCUCUUUCCUCCACCCCUUCAGCUCCUCCCCUCCGGGGGAGAGAGAGUGGGAGUACGGGGGCCUCUUCCCUCAGAGCGAACCCAGCUCCAAGCUCCUCCUCCUGCCCGUCACCUCGUCCUACGGGGCGUUCAAGAGCUCCAUGGAGCAGGCGGUCAGCCACCAUGUGCACCUCCUCCCCACGCAGAGCAGCUGUUCGUCCUGAUCAUCACCUGAGAGACCAGAAGAGACACACCCACAAUUUUAACUCUGGGACCAGGGCCGGUCCCCGAUUCUGACCAAUGAUGCGUCAAACAGAUACAACCAGUGGAAACAAUAGCCUGACCAGUAAUCAAUACUCAAGCCCUCGAUCGAUGACAUGAGUCAAAAUGAUUAAACAGAAACCACCAGUGAGUUUUUAAUGCCUGAGAACAUGAUGCCCCUGAACUUUACCUUUGAGGUGCUGGUGAUGCGACCACGUGAACAUUUUCUGUAUUAAUCUUACAGACAAAGACUUAAAUCUUCCCUUUUUCUCUUAAACAAUCAAAACGCUGACGUUAUCGUGAAAUCAUCUAAUUUAAUAUUCUUUAAAAGUUUUCUUUUGUCAAAACUCUGGUGCUGGUUUUCUUUCAAUGACUUUGCUUAAAGAGCUCUUUUUGCUAGUCAUAUUUUGUUUUUAUUGUACAUAGUUUGGCUUUUAUUGAUGUUUGGAGGUUUGUUGUUUUUUAAUUCUACAUUUGAUUUUUGAAAAUAAAGAAAGCGUGUAACGCUGCAGUUGAA